ACCUGCAAGAGCUGUUCCCAAGUGACUCCUGAGGACAGGGCACUGCUGCCAGAUUCCAGGCGACAGCCCAGGACACCCCUGCAGACUCUUAGCUACCGACCCCUAGGGUCAGACCCCCGCCGCGCCAUGGCGUCCAUGGGGCUACAGGUGAUGGGAAUCGCGCUGGCCGUGCUGGGCUGGCUGGGCGCAGUCCUGAGCUGCGCGCUGCCCAUGUGGAGGGUGACGGCCUUCAUCGGCAGCAACAUCGUCACCUCGCAGACCAUCUGGGAGGGGCUGUGGAUGAACUGCGUGGUGCAGAGCACCGGCCAGAUGCAGUGCAAGGUGUACGACUCGCUGCUGGCGCUGCCGCAGGACCUGCAGGCCGCCCGGGCUCUCACCGUGGUCUGCAUCGUGGCCGCAGCCUUCGGGGUGCUGCUCUCGGUGGUCGGGGGCAAAUGUACCAACUGCGUGGAGGACGAGACCGUCAAGGCCAAGACCAUGAUCAUGGCGGGAGUGGUCUUCCUGCUGGCCGGCCUGCUGGUACUGGUGCCAGUGUCCUGGACGGCCCACAACGUCAUCCGGGAUUUCUACAACCCGCUGGUGGCCUCCGGGCAGAAGCGGGAGAUGGGGGCCUCACUCUACAUCGGCUGGGCAGCCGCGGGGCUCCUGCUGCUUGGGGGCGCUCUGCUCUGCUGCUCCUGCCCGCCCCGCGACGACCGCAAGCCCUACUCUGCCAAGUACUCCGCUGCCCGCUCGGCGCCCGCCAGCAACUACGUGUAAGCCGACGUCCCCGGUUCAUCCCCGGACUGGACUCUUGUACUCGGACCCCGGCGUGGGUGGUCUUGGGGCUGGGCCGCACCCUCUGGGACCUCCGUGGUCUCGAAGCCCCCUCCUCGCUCACAUGGAUGGACUGAGAGAAGGAGCUGCGUGGAGUGGUGAACGCACCUGCUGGACAGGCCGGUUCACUGGGGCACUGAGUGGGGCCCGUCCCCCUCCUUUGAUCUGCCAACUCCCUCCCCUGCACUGAGUGGACAGAUGGGUUUGGAGGGGAGUGGUGCAGGUGCUGGUUUGGGGGAGUGCUGGGGCUAAGGGAUGCAGAGGCCACCAUGCUGGCUACCCUCACCCUUCUCUGUGCCCUGACUCCCUCUCCCCAAGCCUCAGGGGAUCCCGGGCUUUGGCAGACAGACAAAUCCCCCACUCACCUCACACACCCCAGGGACCUCUCACCCUGCUGCCUCCACAAGGCCACUGGCCAUCCCCGGGGUGGGGGCUGGGUGGGAGUGGGGGGAGGGGCUGUCAGUUUCUGGUUCUCAUCCUGGGCCAGUCCAAGGCUUUCUCCACUCCAGAUGGGGCUCUUGUUUUGUAAUGUAAGGCUUGUUUGUCAUUAUUGUUACUAUUAUUUUCUACAAUAAAAUGGAAACCUGUCUUCAGGAAGA